AAAUGGUAAGGUAAGGAGGGGCAGAGAAGGGGAGAAUCUGUGAAGCAGAUUGUGCAUUCAGAUCAACACUCAGGUCCAAGUGUGUCUGUGACCUGAGAGUGUACAUGUGCCAAAUGGGUGUGCCCCUGUGAUUAUGUGUUCCUGUGUACUGUCGGUAUACCUGUGCAUUGUGCAUAUUCCUGUGCAAUUUAUACACAGACUUGUGGGGUGUGAAUGUGCCCACGUCCCAUGUGUGUACCCGUGUGAUAUAGAUGUGCCUGUGCCCCUGGCAGUCCUGUGUCAGUACCUGGAUGAGUCCUGGGGCCUCUGACUGCCCUUCUCUUUAGAGGCUCUACCUUCUUUAGCCUAGGUUUCCAGAGGAAGAAGAGGAUGGUGCACAAGGAUGGAAAAGAGAGGAACACUAAAGCUAUAGGCAGUGGGCACCAGGCAUCCUGAGUUCUAGUCAGGGCCAUGGUCUUCCCACCUAAAAGUCCCUCAAGCCCUAACCCUUACACUACCACCACCUCCCCCUCUCCAGCUCUGAGUGAUGCCAAUAACCAAUAUCCAAUUCCCAGGAACAUAUUUGGUAACUUUUUGUUCCUAUCUCCUUCUCAAUGAUGGCUGCAGGGUACUGUUGUCUUGGGGUAGGGGGUACUGAAGAGUAACCAGUCUCUUCCUCUCCCAAUCACCUCCUCCAUCACCUGGGGCCUCCACUCAUCAUCUUACUUCUGUUCUCCUUGCCAAGCUCCUCCCCACAAGGAAGCCCCUGAAACAGGUUCCCAGAUGUGGUCCUCAGCCUCUGCCCCUCACACCAGGGCCUGCCAGGAAGCUGGGUUACAGGAUGUUCCAUUCCUUCUGAUUCCAAGUUUACUAUGCUGAGAGGACUGUGUUCUCUCUGACCUCUGACUCCAGGUUCACCACACUGAAGGGUCGCCAGCUCUGUGCACCCCCCCGACCAGCCCUGGGUGGACCGCAUCAUCCGGAGACUGCAGAAGAACUCUGCAAAGGCAAGCGCAGCCCUCCCCAGCCCUGCCUCCUCCCUCAGAGCCCCUGCCCAAGACCCCAACCCAUGACCUUGACUCUCCUUCCUCCCCUAGAACAAGGGCCACAGCAGUUAGCCCAUGACAGCCCCAGAAGGAGUGGUAUGUCUGAGAGAAGGGAUGUGAAUCACUGCAGCCCUGAGGAACCAAAGAUCAGAAGGGAAACCAGGCCUCCAGCAACUUUGCACCAGACCUGACGCAGUCACCUCAGGGCCUGGAAUGUCAAUGUGAGUGUGAGUGUGUGAGCAGGGAUGAGUGUGCCAGAAGCGUAGCUUCUCCUCCACACUCAGACUACAAUGCUUCCAAUAAAGCCCUACUGGUACCCAUGGAUCUGUCUGCAAUCUCAUUUGUGGCCCAUGCAGAAAGAGAUGUAGAAGGAGAAAGGUGGGAUGGGGGGAAAGAGUAGUUGUAUCCGUUUUCCACACUUCAGCAUGAGGGAACUUGCACUUCCCUUAUUUCUGGUCACUCUCUCCCCUACAGUCCAGCCAGAAGGCUCUGUUCCUCCCUCCGCAGACUAACUGGGGCAGCUAUUUCCAACCUCCUACACAGGGUUAAUUGCGCUCUCUGGGCUCUAUUGGAGCACCCUCUAUUGCCUCCAACCAGUAUGCUAAUGUUUACUGUAAUGAUGUCUUCUCUACUGCUGUAUACCCAUUCCUAGCCUGUUACAUUUGUUGAAUGAAUGAAUGUAGGGACAUAAGUCACAGGAAGAUAAAGAUAAAUUUCAGCUCAGAGAGAAAGGGCUGUGACCCUCUGGCCAUUAAGUGACUUGGCCAAGGCCACUCACACAUCAAGUACUUCUGUAGUCUGCUCCAUCUGGGCUGGGCCCUCUCUGGAGACCUAUUCCUCCUCAGCCCAGGGUCAUACAAAUGGCAGGGCAGAGGGCAAAGAAAGAGGAGAGCGGACAGGGAAAACAGUACUGGAUAACGUCCCAGAGCUCUUAUCUUGCUGCCUGCGGCUGAGGUUUCCAGGAAGAGAGCUCCAAAAUCUGACUCUAUCUCUCACAAAGAGAGUCCUGAGCUCUGUCCGCAUUCUAGUAAUAAGGGCCGACUCCGCCCCUUUAGCGAUAGAUGGGCCCUGGCUCCACCUCCAACGUGACACUUUGACCCCGCCUCCUCUGCAGAAGCGCUCCGACUUCGCCCCUUCCGGGUAACAGGCAAGCCCCACCCCAGGCGCGCGACGGAGUCCCUAUGACGUAACGGAGACGUUCGGAGCCCUGGACAUGUCGGGAUUGAGGAGAUACGAGGUGGCGCUGGAGGCGGAGGAGGAGAUCUACUGGGGUUGCUUCUACUUUUUCCCCUGGCUGCGCAUGUGGCGGAGGGACAGGAGCUCGGCGCAUCCCCGGGAGCAGAAGCUGGAGCCUCUGCGAGGCCUGAUGAGCUGUCUGUCAAGCGGCCUGGGCCCUGCCCCCCAGCGCUCGGGUCGCGGCCUCCCCCGCCGCACCCCCACCGCCACUGCCCAGCCAGCCGGUGCAUUAAAGAUUUAAACCGAAG